UGCGGCCGGGAAAGCCCCGCCGCAGACUUCCCCGCGGCAGGUCGCCCCGCGCGCAGCCCGGCCUCCGGGUGCCCGGUGGGGGUCGCUAACGGCUGCCGGCGGCGGCAGGGCGGCGCGAUGGCGGUGAAGCGCGCGGCCCGCGGAGGGACUCAUGGCCGCCGCCGGGCAACGGCCGACGCCAUGCGCGUGCUGGGCCUCCUCCUGCUCGGCCUCCUCCUCGUCCUGCUACAGGCGGCCCCGGCAGGUGGCAGUGGAGGGAGAUGCAGGAGAGCUAAAGGGUUAUUUUCCUCAAAAGCGAGCAGGGAAUACUGAGGAGAGGGGUGUUUCUCCUUUCUGCACGCCAGAGGAGCGGUGUGCCUGCGCGCUGGCAGUUCAGUGCUCAAGAAGUGCAGAGUCAAGAAGCAAUAGCUUAAAAAUAGUGGGAUCCGUCUUAUAUCCAGUGAAAGUUUAUGUCAAGCUGGAUCACAGCAGUCCACAUAUUUUAUGUGUUACAAAUCAUCUGCGAAACUCAGAAUUGAUUGAUCCAGUAUUCCGGUGGAAUGGACCAGGUGGUUAUCUUUCUUCAGAAAAUAGCAGUGUGGAAAUAUCACCAACGGGAACUUUAAUAUUGAGUCACUUCUCAUCUGACCUGAGUGGAGUUUACACUUGUUCCCUUGUUUAUAAGCUUAUAGCUGCACAACCUGAUAAAAGACUCACGAUAAAAUAUCUUAUUUAUGCUUAUUCUGAUCCUCAGUAUUACUAUGAACUGACAGUCCAGUAUCACGCAGCCCCCUGCAAUAGUUUUCAUAAUACUUCUUUCGGGAAUAUGUUGCUUCAGAUACUAAGGAAGCUUGUUGCUGACCUUUCAUGUGAGGUUACAUUAAUUAAGUCAGAAUGCCACCAUGUAAAAAUGCAGAAAGGAGGCCUACAGAAUGAAAUAUUCUUUACAUUUUCAGUUGCUUGCUUAGACACAGAAAACAACAGACUAUGUCCGCAAAGUGGUUGUGAUGCAUCUCAUAGAUUACACAAGGCAAAGCACCUCAUAGAGAGAUUUUUUAAGCAAGAGGUGGAAAUUAGGAAGAAAAGUUCUGAACCGUUGCCUGAAAUAUACUACGUUGAAGGUACACUGCAAAUGGUGUGGGUUGAUAGUUGCUAUCCAGGAUAUGGAGUGAGUGCUGUAAGGCAUCCAGACUGCCCAGAGUGUUGUGUUAUCUGCAGCCCAGGAUCAUACAAUCCUAGUAAUGGAAUUCACUGUCUUCAGUGCGACACCAGUUUGAGAUACGGAGCAACGAAUUGCUAACAGUAAAGGGACUGGCAAAGCUGCAAGAGCUCUCAUGCAUUUUAACCUGUAAUAUUAAUAAAUAUUUUUAUUUAAAUAUU